GACUUGGAGUAGGCACAGCAGAUCAAUCGUCUCAGCAAUUUUUGUGAUUUGUCCUGCGAGGUCUUUCGCAUCCCUUGUCUUCGAACACGGUGUGUGAGCACGAGAAGAGUGCGGGAGGCCGGUUUGAAAGAGUUAUCAGGCGUUCGGCAUCCAUGAUGAUUGCUUGGAGGAGUCUGACAAUAGCAUUGAUUCAUGUGAUGACAAGUGGACAGAGAAUCAAACUGUGUUCGCAACAGGGCCGACUAACAUUUUGGACACUUCAGCCCCGACAGCCUCCCAGCCUUGUCCAAAAUAGCUCUCGCGCCUCUUCUUCAACAGCUCCUGAGGGUUCGAUGCGAAGUCUGCCCACAUCUUCCGAGCAGUUUCAUCCUCCUGCUGUGCAUAUUGGACAAACCCCUUCAUCGUGCACCAGCUAUCCUCAGGAAAGAUACCGAGGCUGCCUGAGGCCUCAAUGUAUGCCUCUUCAGCCAGCUGGACGACCUACGAGAGCAUCCAUAUCAAAGAAGACAUCAAAGAAGACAUCAAAGAAGAGGUCAAACUCCUCUGCUUUCAGUAGAGCAUGGUAGUCACUCAGUUGCUGCAAGUUGCGCUUACAGUCUUGUUCCAGGCUUCCUUCUCGCUGCUCUUUGGUUUGAGCGUCGUCUUGCUGCGCACCAUCCUGCUUGCCUUUUGCUGCUCGGCGCUUAUCGUUCCGG